AUGGAGAAAAGAUACUUUGAUGUAGAAAAUCAAACCGUUGAUGUUGAUAAAGCCGAAAUGGUUUAUAUCUUAUUCUGUGCACUGGCUGUGUUCCUUAUUACCCCAGGUAUUGGUUUAUACUAUGGUGGAGUCUUGAAGAGAAACAGUGUGGUACAAAUCAUGUUUCAAAGUUUAAUGAUCACUGCUGCUGUUACUGUUCUCUGGUAUUUGAUUGGUUAUUCAUUAGCCAACUCAGCUUCAGGUUCAGUUAUGAUUGGUAAUUUGGCUUCUGCUGCUUUACAUUCUGAAGAAGCUAAACCUUUGUUUGAAGGAGCAACAAUUCCUUCAAUUGCAAACUUCUGUUUCAACACUUAUUUCCCGGUUGCAACCAUUCAAAUUUUUGUCGGUUCAAUUGGUGAAAGAGGUAGAUUCUUACCAAGUCUUGUUAUUGGUCUUAUUUUUACUUUGGUGGUUUAUUGUCCACAAGCUUAUUGGGUCUGGGGUGGUAAUGGAUGGUUAUUGAACUUGGGUGAAUUAGAUUUCGCUGGUGGUGGUCCAGUCCAUAUCAGUUCUGGGGUUGCAUCCUUGGUUUAUUCCAUCUACUUAGGUCCAAGAGACAAAUCUAAAAGAUUUUUUGCUAAAGCUUCUCCAAUGAAACCACACAGUAUGUUCUGUGGAUUUGUUGGGGUCGUUCUCAUUAAUUUCGGUUGGUUAUCAUUCAAUCCUGGUACCUUGUUGGCUGUAAAUGCAAGAACUGCUUAUAUCUUUGCCAAUACCAUGAUCGCUUCAAGUACUGGUUGCUUAACUUAUGUUUUGGUUGAUAAAAUGAUUACAGGUAAAUAUUCUUUGAUUGCCAGUUGGGAAGGUAUCAUUGUUGGUUUGGUUAAUAUCACUCCAUCAUGUGGUUAUUAUUAUCCAUGGGCUGCUUUCCUUACAACUGUUAUUACUGCAGUUGGUACAAGAUACUUAUUGAUUGUAUCAGAAAAAUUCGUCGAUGAUUCCUCCAGAGCAUGGCCGGUACAUGGUAUUGCAGGAAUUCUUGGAGGAACUUUGACUGGGAUUUUUGCCAGUAAAACUAUUGCUGCUGCUGACGGUGUCACUGAAAUUGAUGGUGGUUGGGUUAAUGGUAACUUCCGUCAAUUGGGUAUUCAAAUUGCAUCUUGGGUUGUUAUCACUUUAUGGACUGCUUCAUUCACUGCCAUUAUUUGUUUCCUUGUUGACCAUAUUCCAGGUUUGAAAGUAAGAGCAAGUGAAGCAGGUGAAGAAAUGGGUAUGGAUCUUUAUGAAAUGGCUGAAACUUUAGAUGAAUUCGGUAAUAAUUAUGAUGAAUUCUUCUUGUCCCACGCCAAAAGAUUAAGAGAAAUCGCUGAUGCUUUAGAAAAAGGUUCAGGUACUGUAGAAUUACUUGAAGGAAGUUCUCCAACAUCGUCCCCACGUAACUCUCAUACUUCAAUUAAUAUUGAUUACCAACAAAAGGUCUAA